AUGCCCGUGCUUGCUGAUGAUCUUACAACUCUGCGUGCAACUGCCUGUCGAACCAGCUGUCCCAUGCGUUUCUUCUACGUGCCGGACGCAAACGGACAACUUGUGAAGGCGGUCCCAUGCUACUACGCUUACUCGGCGGACUUCAUUGAAGCAUGUCGUGCUACUGCCACCAUGCAGACUGGGACCAAGAGACCCUGCACCACAUGCUACGUGGAGGAGGAUGAUCUGGCAAACCUCAAGCUCAAAUCUACCAUCAGGACCCCUGCUUCCCAGGAGCAUGCGGUGCAGCAGAUUCUAGCUUGCAAGACCGUGAAGGCGGCUGAGAAAGUGCAGUCGGAAUGGUCAACACACCCGAUUGAGUGUGUGCUCAGCAGGUGGAACUUCUCGGACACCGAGUGGGGAAACCCAUAUGGGGCCAGCGUGGCUGACACUAUACAUGUGCUGGACUCCGGUGUUGCUCUGCACAUGAUCGAGUGCCACAUCGACACUCUCAGCAAGCCCGAGCGGCGCACGGUAGAGGGUGGUGCCAACUACGCCGCGUUUGAGCACCGCGCCAUGAUGCAAGUCAUGCCGAUCCUGGUGGCGGAUAAGGGGGCGCUUGGGAAGGGGCCGGACGCAGAGCUGAGGGCUAUGAGAGUGCGUGCUUUCCGGUUAUACGCAACGUUCUACAAGGCCUUUCUUGGCGUGGAUGGUCACACGAGGGCGUCGCUCGCACACGCAAGGGAGCUCGCAUACAGGCUGGUCGACCUUCUCCCACGAGCAUACCCAGAUCAGAAGUCGGGAUGGCGGUUCCCUAAGGUGCACAUGAUCAAGCACCUGCUGGAGAAUGUGAUUCUCAGGGGCAUGCCCCACCACUACAACACGGAGCUGUGGGAGCAUACACACAAGGGCACGGUCAAGGUGCCGGUUCGGGGCGGCAACUGGAAAGACAUCCCCCGGAGGAUAGUCGAGGAGGAGGUGCAACGGGAGAUCUGCCGGGAGGUGGCGGCUGAUGCAGGCGGCGGGUGGCAGUACACAACUGCUCUCAGAGAGGCUGUGCGGACCAAGAAGCCGGUCCUCACGAGGAAGGGGCGGCUCAUGGUGCCUGGGGCGGAGGAUGAUGCCGUUUUGGCGAUGUACCACGCGUCGCACGGUGACGACAUGAAGGAUCUAGUGGGAUGCAUGCGAUCGGCAGGGGUGAAGACGGAGCGCGUCCAGGCACACACCGCCGUGGCGAUUCCGCGCACGCGUGGGGGGGCGUUGGUGGCCAAGGGCACGUUCGUGAAAGCGAGCCCGGGGGAGAAGUGGUUUUCUGAUGUGGCACUGUUGGCGCCUAAAGGGGGGGAGUGGUUUGCCAAGGUGUUGUGCAUCUUCAAGGCGGCUGGGGAUGAGGGGGAGCCGAAGGGCUACAUGUACGUGCGGUACUAUGAGCAGGCUGGGCUCUGUCCCCUGACCACAUGCAUCCAGCUAACACCCCACCGGAUGGAGACGAGGUUCGCUGCGGUGGAGGUGGCCACGAUCCUGAGGGUGGUGCACAUUUGUCGGAGCUUCAGCAACCCCAAGACGUCAUACGACAGCAUGGCCGCGAUAGUGACUCUCCUGGAGGCUCUCAAAGCCCAUCCUGACGAUGUGUACUUGUUCUCCGAGUUCCCGUUCAUACCUACGAGGCUCCCGGUGUCGGCGGUUAUGGACGCGGAGUUCGGUAUAGCGCGCGAGUGGCAUAUGAUGGUGGGUUUGCUGGUCAACGCUUCUGGCUCCAAGUGGCGUCAUCCGCUUGUGGUGUUGAGGCGGGAUGAUGGCAGGGCCGUACACAAUGGGCGGCGUCGUGAGCAUAAUGUCGUGGUGCGCUACGCAAAGCACGGCCGCAUGUCGUCUGAGCUAUUCACGGAGCACAUGGUGAAGUUUGACGGGGAUCUCUUCGCAAAGAACGAGCGCGCAAUUGUUCUGGUGUACGACCCGAAGCACGAGCUGACUGGUUGUGUGUUCGAGUCGGAAACCGUUGCCGGGUUUGCGGCGCAGAAUCUCCUGAGUGUCAAGGUGGUGCAGCUUUAUGGCGGGCCGCCCCGGUGCAGCAUGUCGUCGACGACCGGGGUGGUUGACACGGUGAAGGCAAUACACCGAUACUGGUUCAUGAAGGACGCUAUGGACAGCAACGAGUGGAAGAAGAAGGGAGAGGUACCUCGACCGUCACUCCCAGACGUGCUGAGGAGGCUGGAACUGGCGUGCAAGUUGACGUCGGAGACGGCUAUUCAGAGGAGCUGGUGGCGCACGGGUUGUGUGCCGACGGCGUGGGUGUCGCUGAUGAAACGCCUGGAUGGCGCUGGCGCUGCUUUGAUGUUUGAGCCCAUUGUUAGCGAGCUUACAAUGCUGCAGAUGGCUAUUGAGAAUUUUAAGAGGGCCCCUGCUAUGUAUAUAACGUCGUGGGAUUUUGUGGGCUGCGACGAGGACCUGCUCAUCAAGUGGGGCGUGAUUAAGGCGGAGGAUGAGGAGGACGAGGAGGAUGAUGACGAGAUACCGGCGUAUUUUUGUAUCCCUGAAGGGCCACUGUAUCGGGACGUUCGCAGCCGGCGCAGGGUCGUGCGGAUGGUGGCGGGCGAGUACAGCCAGCAGGCGGGCAAUUUGGGCAUACCAGUGUCCCAGGUGCCCGAGGCGUUGGGCGCGCAUAACGAGGAGGUGAUAAGCCGCCUUCGAAGGACGCCUACUAAGCGUGCUCGUAACGGACCUGCGGUGGGCGGCCAGCCUGGUGGGUUGGUCAAGGCGCAGGAAGCUAGUGUGGUGUGCGACGAUUGUUUGCCAGGCGGAAGCCUCUAG